CUGGUCUUGGCGAUAGGCGCAGAGGUUGCUGGGAAGCAGCAGGCACAAUGGCGUCUGUGUGAUUUUCGGCGGCGGCGGCGGCGGCGGCGGCAGCGUCGGCCCUCGGUCCAGCCUUGAAGAUGACAACAGCAGCCAGACCAACUUUUGAACCUGCAAGAGGUGGGAGAGGAAAAGGAGAAGGUGACUUGAGCCAGCUCUCCAAGCAGUAUUCCAGCAGAGACUUACCUUCUCACACCAAGAUCAAAUAUAGGCAAGCUACUCAGGAUGCCCCUGAGGAGGUCCGUAACCGAGACUUCAGGAGAGAAUUGGAAGAGAGAGAGCGAGCUGCUGCAAGAGAGAAAAACAGAGAUCGGCCAACCCGAGAGCACACAACUUCCUCCUCAGUCUCCAAGAAGCCUCGCCUAGACCAGAUCCCUGCCGCCAACCUCGAUGCGGACGACCCUCUCACGGACGAGGAAGAUGAAGAUUUUGAAGAGGAGAGUGAUGAUGACACAGCAGAUCUUCUUGCAGAACUAGAAAAAAUUAAAAAAGAAAGAGCUGAAGAGCAGGCCAGGAAGGAACAAGAACAAAAAGCUGAAGAAGAGAGGAUCCGUAUGGAAAACAUUCUGAGUGGAAACCCUCUGCUUAAUCUUACCGGCCCCUCCCAGCCUCAGGCCAACUUCAAAGUUAAAAGAAGGUGGGACGAUGAUGUUGUCUUCAAGAACUGUGCAAAAGGUGUAGAUGAUCAGAAGAAAGACAAAAGAUUUGUAAAUGAUACACUGCGAUCGGAAUUUCACAAGAAGUUUAUGGAGAAGUAUAUUAAGUAGUACAGUUUUAUGUGCUUAAUUAAAGGACUGAAAUAUUGUGGAUUGUCUUGGCUUUGGUUAGUUUCUUCCACCUACCCCUUUCUUGUCAUCUAAAUCAUACACAUUUAUAUAUAUUGGCUUUCCUAAUUUUAAAUUCCAAAAUAACUUCUUUAUUCAUACCUUGUUUUAUAUUGGAUUUGGAAUUAGUCUUAACCCAGAUUCCAUUCACAAUGUUCCCAAUUAUGCUUUCUUUUUAAUAUGGAACAAAGAUCUCUGCUUGUAAUAAAUAUUUUUAAUCUCAGUAACCGAAUUUGCAUUUCAAAUUGUUACAAUUUAUUCAGCUUAUAAAAUAUUGCAUAAUUUCUUUUUAAAAGCAAAA